CACGAUACACUUUCCACAAAACCUAGAUUAGACAAAAAGAUCAUUUCCUCCCAUCAACAAACCAAAGUUUCCGAAUGGAAGAACAGAACACUGGAACAACAUGGGUGAUGAAUUUAAGCAUCGUCACCCUCUUCGUCAACAUCACUACAUACCUACACCAGUUAACGCGGGUAAUGUGUUAUUCCGUAUAGAUACCUUGAUUUUGAAAUCAAAUAAAUUAUUGUUGUAACAUUAUCAAAACUAAAAAUUAUAGUUAUAUUUUCUCUCUCCUAUACACUCAUGAAGUUGCUCCCACGUUUGUUAGCGCUAAUUUUGGCUAAUCAAAUUAUUUUCUGUCAUUCAGAAUGCUCCUUUCAUUUGGAAUUACAUCUGUAUUAUUCCGCAUUUCCUCAAUUUAGAAACCCUCAAAAAAAGGAACAAGUGAAUUAGGUUUCACAAACUUUUCAUAUCAGAUUUUGCCUGAAAAGAGAUUUUGGUGCACAUAAAGAUUGUUGUGUUUGCUGGGAAAUUGGAGGAGAAUAUUGGAGGUUGGGCAGAAUUAGGAUAUUUGUAUGAAUUUGCAUGCCUCAAUGUUGUAAGGAAGGAGUAUUCUAAGGAAAAGAUAGAUGGCUUCAUCCCCAAAUUCUCAACCUGAAAGCCCUCCUCCAUCUCCUCCAUCUCCUCCGUCUCCUCCAUCUCCGGACGCUGCUUCUACACUAGCUCCUGUCCUUACAAAAUUAAUACCACCUAUCCAAUCACCUCCGGAAAACGACUCAGCUGUUCCUCCUCCAUCCAAUGAUCCCCCACCACCUCCACCGGAAACUUCUCCUCCACCGGUUGUCACUGCACCACCACACUCACCACCCCCUGCGCCACGCUCACCACAUUCACCACCUUUGUCUCCGCCACCAUCUUCUCCUCCACCCUCAUUACCUGUUAAUUCCCCUCCACCAGCCUUCUCCCCACCUUCUCCUGUAACGCCUGCACAAUCUCCCCCUGUUGCUUCCCGACCACCGCCUUCUCUAUCUCCCCCAGAACCUCCUGGCUCACCCCCAGUCUUUUCUCCACCAGAUUUUUUCGCCCCUCCUCCACCUGUGAACUCUUCUCCAACAGUGCCAUCCGUCUCCACUCUUUCUCCUCCAAGACCUCCAACUGACUCUUCUACCCCCGACACUUCUACGCCCGACUCUUCUACUCCUGACUCUUCCACGCCUUCUAGGUCAGUACCAAGACCAACAACACCAUCCGGGAGUACUGGCUCGGGUACAACAGUGAGUUCUUCUGCUAGUCCCCCUCCUGACAAUGGAGAAACAGUUAAGACAGGAAUAGCCAUCGGGGUUGUGGCAGCUGUUCUCAUAAUUGGCUUUUUUCUGGCCAUUGUGUGCUUGCGAAGGCGAAAAACAAGACACAUCCGACAUAAUUCAGUGUACAUGUUGCCAUCCCCAUAUACCUCUUCGCAGAGUUCGGGUACCUCUUUUGUAAAACCAUAUGACGGUGGUGGCGAUUUUUUAAACUCAUCAUCAGAUACUGCUGGAAUAGGCAAUUCAAAAACAUGGUUUUCAUAUGAGGAGUUGGAUACUGCCUCAGAAGGCUUUUCUGCACAAAAUAUUUUGGGGGCUGGUGGAUUUGGUUGUGUAUAUAAAGGUUCUUUGCAAGGUGGCACAGAAGUAGCUAUAAAGAAGUUGAAAGAUAAUAGUGGGCAAGGAGAUCGUGAGUUUAAAGCAGAGGUUGAGAUUAUCAGCCGUGUGCACCAUCGCUAUUUGGUUUCCCUUGUGGGUUAUUGUAUAACUGAUCAUCAAAGAUUGCUUGUCUAUGAAUUUGUUUCUAAUGGCACCCUUCAUUACCACCUCCACAAUACAAAAAAGCCAUGUAUGCCAUGGAGCCUCCGAGUCAGGGUUGCUUGUGGUUCUGCUAAAGGAAUCGCUUACCUCCAUGAAGAUUGUCAUCCACGGAUCAUUCACAGGGAUAUUAAAACUGCUAACAUACUUAUAGACAACAAUUUUGAUGCUAAGGUAGCUGAUUUUGGGCUGGCAAAAAUAGCACAGGAGCUGGAAUGCAACACACAUGUAUCUACACGUGUCAUGGGAACUUUUGGCUACAUGGCACCUGAAUAUGCAUCCAGCGGCAAGCUGACUGAAAAGUCUGAUGUAUUCUCAUUUGGAGUAGUCCUUCUAGAGAUUAUAACGGGACGCAAGCCUGUUGAUGAAACCAGGCCAUUAGGAGAUGAGAGCUUAGUUGAAUGGGCUCGUCCUUUGAUGACUGAGGCGUUGGAAAACCAAAACUUUGAUGGACUUGCUGACUCAAGAUUGCAAGGGAACUAUGAUAGAGGUGAGAUGUUUCGGAUGAUUGAAGCAGCAGCUGCUUGUGUACGGCAUUCAGCUGUAAAGAGGCCAAAAAUGAGCCAGGUGGUGAGAGCGUUGGAUACAAUGAACGAGCUAUCAGAUAUAUCGAAUGGCAUGAAACCGGGCCAAAGUGGGAUCUAUGAUUCAAGAGAGCAAUCGGCACAAAUAAGAAUGUUUCAGAGGAUGGCGUUUGGAAGCCAAGAGUUCAGUUCAGAAAAUAACAAUAACAGCCAGACUAGUUGGUCUGGAGGGAGAAGUGUGGUAACCGGAGGCAGGAGUGGACAAGUAUAAGUUACAAAUGUGAGAUAAUUUUUUGGUUUAUUUAUGACUCAUCGCGUAUCUUGCUGAGAGGGAUAUUAUCCGAUGAUGCAUACUAAAGAGGAACGAUGAGUCCAUCCCCCUUGAACUCGAGAACACACAUGGGGAGAGAAAGAAUGCUGAAGACUUGGUGAUGGUUGUUCCUUGGCUUUGACAAUUAGAUUUGUAGGGAUCAAUCCAGAUCUUGUAUCCAUAACUGUAAAGUAUCCACUCAGUUUUUUUAUCCUUCUGGGGAUAACAUAAUUUGAGGUUGUUUAAGGGUGUCUUUGCAAUUGUAAUCUCCCUUCUUCUUCCUCUAUCUUCUGCUUCCUUACUCUUUUUUUUCUUCUUUGAGUAUUCUUUGGCCA